AUGCGCCUGGAUGAGGGGGUUGGGCGUGGUGAGGGCAGUAGGUUUCCAGGAUGGGGUGGGUUGUCGGUGGAGGUUGGCGGGUUGAGGGAGAGGCUGGGAGACGGUAGGGGGCAGGGUGGUGGAGAAGGGCCGGUAACUGGCCGACCGAGGGGGGAGGUGGGUGUGGCGGAAUUGACAGAUAGGUGGGCGGAGAUGGCUUUGAUGGAGGAGGAGGGGGCGGUGUUUAUGCGGGAAGGUGGGGAUGGGGUAGUAGAGGGUGAUGGGGAGGAGGAGGAAGAGACUUGGAGGAUUGUCGGGCGGGUUUUGACGCAGAAGAUGAUAAAACUGGACUUUAUGAGGCAGGUUCUGGCGUCUGUUUGGAAACCGGUACGUGGAGUACAGGUAACGGAGAUUCAAAGGGGUUUGUUCUUGUUUGUGUUUUUCCAUAAGACAGAUAUGGAAUACGUGCUGAAUGGAGGACCCUGGGCCUUUGAGAAUAAUGCACUUGUGUGUCAGGAGGUGUUAGAUGGGGUGAAUCCUAUGGAUGUAGAGCUGGAUAAGAUUGACAUGUGGGUACAGUUGCAUGAUAUGCCAAAGGGAUACACGUCGCAUGCAAUUCUAGAACAGGCAGGAAAUUUUUUGGGCUCUUUUGUUAAACAUGAUGACCGAUUUGAAGGGGCGCCAUGGCUAACGUUUCACCCUAUUCGGGUGUCAAUUUCGGUUGAUAGGCCGCUUAGAAGGAGGAUGAGGUUGAUGAAGAGAGAUGGGACUACAGCAUGGGUAAAUUUUAGAUAUGAACGGCUGCAUAAGUUUUGCUACUUUUGUGGUUGUAUGGGUCACUUGCAUACUUUCUGCAUGCACGCUAGGGAGGCUGGAAUUCCGGUCGAAAGGUACCUGUACGGUCCGGAUAUGCGAGCUGGUGGAUCCCGGAGCGCUCCUAGAGCGGUUGGGGAUAGCUGGCUUGUUCCGAUUGGCGGGAAACCACGACCACUGGGAGUCAAGCCACGUGUGGUGGAUGGGGGGAUAGGGAAGUGGGGGUGUCACACCCACGAGUAUGUCUAA